AUGGAGCAUCCAACGGGCAAUGAUGAAGGUCCUGAGUCGGGGAGCAAUUACAGAAAAUACGAAGUUCAUGAGGGUAUUAUCUUUUGUAUUGAGCUUUCCAAUGCAAUGUUCGAACGACCUGCUGAAUUGCACAACGUUCAACUUAUCGAAAUCUUGGAAACGCUUCUGGAACUUAUGUCACAAGUGAUUAUAACAUUGCCGGGAACGGGAAUUGGGUGCUUUUUCUACCAUUGCAAUCAUGAGAGUGCUCGAGGAGGUAUCUACGAAUUUCUGCCUUUGCUGGAUGUAAAUGUAAGAGCGAUGAAGAAACUGAACGACUUGAUAGAAGAUAUCAAAAAUGGGACCACAACGGUGGAGAAAGAGUUUCCUUUCGAUCAAAAGCAUGCGUCGUCUUUGGAAACAGUUUUCGUCUUGCUGCAAGAACAAUUUCUGCAACACAUACCAGGCCAAAAACCCUACAAUAAUAGAAAGAUAUUUCUGUUCACCGAUAACGAUAAACCGAAGGAGGCAAGUGAUUCUGAUGCGCGCCAGCGUCUACGGAAAGUAACUGAUGAUUUGGACGAUUCCUAUAUCAAUUUCACCACUUUUUUUAUAGGAACAGACGACAAACCCUUUGACGAAAGUUUCUACAGCGAUGUGCUCAAAUUUGGCUCCAAGAAAAAAGUCCUGGAUUCUGGCUACGAGUUUGAAGGCCCCAGUACAGCACCAAUUUCCGCCAAUUUGAUCAAAGCGCGCGCCUUGCGGAAAAAGGAGAUCAAACGGAUCCGCUUCCAAAGCCCAUUGAUUCUCGACGAGGCAAAAGACUUUGUUGUUUCUCUCAAGGGCUACACUGUCAUAUCGCAUGAAAGAACAGGAACGAAAUACAAACAAGUUUACGAUCACAACGGUCUACGCAAGGAAGUGCGUUCGCGACGGAAGUAUUUGAAUGCUAACACUGGAGAGGACGUUACCAGUUCAACCGCCAAAGUAUACAAAUUUGCAGAGGUUGACAUUGAGCUUUCCAAUGACGAGCUUCUUCAAAUAAACAAGGAUUUUUCGGAGCAGGAAUCUUUCCUGAAGCUCGUGGGCUUCAGGAGCUCUGCCAAAUGCCUAUUUUUCUACAAUAACAUUUCCAGUAGCGUAUUUGUAGUUCCAGAUGAAUCGAAAUAUGUGGGCUCUUUCAAAACUUUAGCUUCCCUUCAUCGAGUUCUCUCGAGGAAAAUGAAAUGCGCUAUUGUGUGGGGUAAACUCAAACACAAUUCUCACCCAUCAAUUUACGUCCUGAGUCCCUCCACUUAUCGGGAUCCAAAUGAGGGAUUCUAUCUCACCAGAGUACCGUUCGCAGAUGAGACAAGGAAAUUACCUACGUUACCGAAUUACGAAGAAGUCGCAAGCGGUAAGAACUAUGCACAGAUGUACAAAAUAUCCGAUACAUUGAUCAGUUAUUUUAGUCUCCGCCGCCCGUACAAACCCUCAGAGUUUUGCAAUCCAACUUUGCGUAAACACUUCCGAUUGCUACACGAUCAUUUGUUGCAAAUAGAGGUCAGUAAGAAUCCCGAUAAGGCGGAACAAUUAGUGAGCGAAGAUGACACACUCUUAAAAUUGCAGCAAGUGCACGACAAGAUUAUGGAAUCCGCGAAUUCAACAGAUCCUGAAAAAGCAAGACUCAGCAACUAUGUGAAAGCUUGGAAUAGCGUGUACAACAAGGAGUACAACCAGGAGCUUGAGCCUCUAGAAGGAUCCAAAAAGUCAAGAAAAAAGUAG